AUUACUCCCACUGUCAGCCUGAGGCUCAACACUGUUUGGCAUCUACUCAUCCACUCGUUUAAACGUGUGCCAUGUCUAUCCUAAGGUUGGGUCUGUGCGUAUCUGGCGUAUACGCCAUGUUUCUUCUUUGGGCUGUUGCACAGGAACGUCUGUCAGUCCCGUUCCAGUCCAUUGACGGACAGUCUGCAGAUAGGUUCAAAUCAGCACUAUUCAUUGGAAUAUGCCAAAGUUGUCUCGGCUCUUUGGCCGCAUUAAUUUAUAUCUAUAUGCGUGGGGAGCGCGGCUCUUCCCCCUGUUCGCUCCUUGGACUCGAUGUUGUUACAACAAACGGACUCUCGAAGGAGAAAACUGAUGGAUCCCGGAGUACGAAAGUGUCCUCUAAUGAACGCGCGCGAAAAGCCGACACUGCAACGUCUGGCCGGAGAUCUCCUUGUAGCCUGUUGUUACUGGGUUAUCUACAAUGCUCGCUGUUCAUUUCAAUCGCUGCCCCCUUCGGCUUCGCCUCUCUGUCUCACAUAACUUAUCCGACCAUGGUUUUGGCGAAAUCCUGCAAACUCGUUCCUGUCAUGAUCAUGAAUAUCAUCUUGUACCGUCGCCGUUUUGCCCCUCACAAAUACCUCGUUGUUGCAAUGGUGACAACCGGGAUCACGAUGUUCAUGUUCUCUGGAAAGGAAAGACCUUCCAAGGGAUCCAAUGAGUCGACUUCCCAAUCACCAUACGCACAAUUGAUAGGUAUCACAUACGUCCUCGUCGAUAUCUUCCUUGAUGGUGCUGUCAACUCGACUCAGGAUGAAAUAUUCUUGCGAUACAAGGUUACUGGGCAACAGAUGAUGUUCUGGAUGAAUAUCUUUAGUACCCUGCUUACUUUGAUACUAGGAACGCUACCUCUCCCGUAUAUUCCUGUUCUGCAUCCGUCGACUGAUGCACGGUUCGAACUUGCAAGUGCCCUGGUAUUCGUGAGAGAGCACCCAUCGAUCGUGGUGCCGUUGCUACAGUUCUCUCUUACGAGUGCACUGGGACAGCUGUUUAUAUUCGAGACUUUGCAACACUUUGGGUCGCUGACACUUGUCACGAUCACGUUGACGCGCAAGAUGUUUACGAUGAUACUAUCUGUGCUUGUGUACAGCCACUGGCUCACAGCUGGUCAAUGGGUUGGAGCGACUAUCGUGUUCGCAGGCAUAUCGGUAGAGGCUUGGGUCAAACGAAAAGAUGUGCAUGCGAAACGAGUCAUCGAAGAGAAGGAGAAGGCGAAGAUAAAGACGCUCUAGGUUUUUGUGCAAUAUCCGAUUAGACCUAUCACUAGAUGGCGAUACCCACGGGACCUUCCAAGGACUGAUCGCGCAGCUGUGGUCUGUUCAAGUAUGGUUUUAUUAGUCACCCGGGGCAAUAAACUUGAAUUGGCCUGGCAUAUA